CGGAAAGUCGUGUGAUAUCCGUACAAAAUGGAGGGCUGGUCGUAAACAGAAAAAAGAAUGGCUACCUCAAAUCUUCGACAAGGACAGUAUUACCUGGAAUGUGAUAUUUGUAAAAGUCCCGUCAACUUCAAAUGCAAUAGAUGUGCUGUCAAAUUAUGCAGUGCAUGUGUGGGACCUCACAUGCUUACCAAACCUAAAAAUGGACACAACGUAACAGAAUAUAACGAAUGCCUUACCCACCCCCAGCACCGCUUUAGCGCCUUCUGUAAGACAUGUGAUAUUCCCAUUUGUGUCUUAUGCAUUUCGAUCAAACACAAGACGCAUAGAAUUUCUGAAUUAUCCGAGAAAGUCGAAACAUUAUUAAACAUCAUCACGACAGAAAAUAAAAGACUUCAAUCGAUGCGCGCAGAAUUGAAGAAAAUUCUCGAUCACAUAAAUAAAAGAUCAGCAGCACUUCCACAUGUUUACAAACAGACAAGAGAAAGCAUUUCAUCCCAUGCUAGAGAGUGGCAUCAGGAGAUUGAUAAAGCAGAGAAGACGUUACACAAAGAUCUUGAUGAAUUACAAGAAAAGCAUGCAGAAGUAUUAUUGAAGCAGAAAAAAGAUUUUGAAGACAUACUGAAGAAGUUGAAAAAUCUUAAACAAACAAUCUUCGGCCUCACAAAAUCGACAGAUAUUUCUGGUUUGAUGGAAGUAAAGCUUGAACUUGAAAAUAUACAGGUACCAAUCUUUAUAGAAGAAACCCGACCGGCAUGUUUCCAACCUUUGAAGUUUAAUGAAAGUUAUACAACAUCGUACUUCGGUUACAUAGAGACACUAGAAGCACACAAACUGCCAAUUGACGAUCUUACUCAACAAAAUCAAACCCCUUCAUCACGACAAGCUCUAGAUGUACCUACAGUUCUGUCCUCCUUUGAUACAGAGUUUCCAGCUGACAAAGAAAACAAGAACCGGCUGUAUGACAUGGUUCCCCUCGGUGAUGACAAAGUGUGGACAGGAGGAGCCAAUGAAGAGCUCAAGUUGUUUGAUCUCCAGGGACAUCUCCACGACACUGUCACCAUCAUGUGUUAUGGUCUGUACCUGACACGUCAUGAUGGACACGUGGUGUACUCCGAUGUGAAUGACAAGACCGUGAAGAAGGUUACAAACGGUAAAGUAGACAUGUUGUUCAGUACCGGGGAGUGGUAUCCUUUCGGUAUCACCUGUACCGAGGCACGUGACUUCCUGGUCUGUCUCCGGAAAACAGAUGAAACAGAGUCCAAGGUCGUAAGAUACAGCAGUUCCGGUGACGUGCUGCAGGAAAUCCAGUACGACUCCCAGUACCAGCCUCUGUUUAAGUAUGCAGUUUUCUUGGUGGAGAAUGGUAACGGCGACAUCUGUGUAGCUGACUACGAUAAAAAUGCCGUCACAGUCGUUGACAAGUUUGGGAUAUUCAGGUUCUCCUACACAGGUAACAAAGCAUCAAAGGAGAACUUUAACGUCAGCUCCCUUACCACAGACAGCAUGCAUCAUAUCAUCAUCACGGACUAUGAUGGUGACAAGAUUCACAUGCUGGACAGGAACGGCCGAUUCCUGAGGUACAUCAUUCCUGAUCAGGGGAUACGGACCCCACGGGCCGUGUGUGUCGUUAGGGAGGGGGAAUUAAUGGUGGGAGAGAAUCUGACGGGAAUGAUCAAAAGAAUAAAGUACCUACAAUAAGGAGAAGUUUUAUGACAAUACGUUUACCCCAUGUGUGAUACUACACUGUAUUUCUAUAUUUCAAUACUUAUAUCUUAAUAUUAAUGGAAAGUAAUUGUUUUUUCAUGUACAAACAAAUAUCGACGUAGUAGUUAUCUAGAUAUUCUAAUUCAUUAAGCUGUUUUUAGACAUCUAUAUCUUGAAUAAAUAAUUGUGUAUGAACAAAAUGAAGAUAGUUUUAUCUGUACAUAAACAAUGUUUUAUUAAGAUUGAAAUAAAUGAAAAUGUGAUUUAAAAAAAAAAUCUAUAAAUAGAGCAAUAAAUUCAAAUCAAUUAAUUUGCUUCCAAGUAUUAUAGAAUGUAGAGUAAAUGUUGUAUGCAAUACAAUGAUACGAAAUUAAGCUACUUAUAAAUGUGAAUAAUUUUUUUAUCUAAUUUGAAUUUCCCUAUUCUCGUGUGUUCAGAUUUGAUUUAAAUG